GUUUUGGGGCAGCACCAAAGACACGGAUACCCCCACACCGAGCACAUUUUUCAUCCCUCUCGACAUGAACCUCAUCGGGGGAUACCAGCAUCACCACCACCUGAUGCAUGAACCUUUCCCCUUCGUGCAGAGGUGCCACCAGGAUGCUCCUUACUUCCAGAGCUGGGUGGUGAACCAUGGAGAGGUUCCUCCAGACUUCCAGAUCCAGGCGCCUUACCCGGCCACGGAGCUCGGAGCGGCCGGGGAGACGCACGACGCCCGGAUGGAGGGGCUCCAGGCUGGGAUGGGGAAGAGGAGGACGUCGGGGCCGAAGAAGGAGCGCAGGAGGACGGAGAGCAUCAACACGGCCUUCGCAGAGCUCCGGGAGUGUAUCCCCAAUGUGCCUGCAGACACCAAGCUGUCCAAAAUCAAGACUUUACGCCUCGCGACCAGUUACAUCGCAUACCUGAUGGACGUGCUGGCCAAGGACACCGGGGAGACGGAGGGCUUUAAGGCCGAAAUCAAGAAGUUUGAAAACAGGGAUAUGAAGAGGAAACGGGAGCCGACUGACGGCCUGCAGGAGUCAUUAGGAGCCGAGAAGAAGGUGAAGGGCCGGACCGGGUGGCCACAGCAGGUCUGGGCUCUGGAGCUCAACCAGUGACCCUUGACCCAAGAAAAGGAAAAACUCCUCAGACUCUGGAUUCAAAUACUAUAGAAGAAAGAAAACCACUGACUGACUGUGCACGUCCAAUGGUCUGCGUAAAGAGAGAGAAUGAAUGGACACCAUGCAGGACAACAAGGUGAAACAGCACGAUGGACACGGUGUUGGUCUUUUUCUCUCCUGGUGUGGUUUCUAACUCGACACACACACACACACACACACACACACACACACACACACACACACACACACACACACACACACACACACACACACACACACACACACACUCACACACACACUUGACUGUAUGAUAUUUGUGGUAUUUCUGCUUUUUGAUGUUUCCACCCUUCCAGUACUGUAGACCAGAUGUGGCCACGGUGUCAAAAAAAAAAAAAAAAGAAAAAGAAAAAGAAACAUCUGUCUCCCCCUUAAAAUGUGUUUCUAUCUGAAGAGAAAAUAAAUACAUCAUUACAAAUGUCAUGUGGUGUAAAUGCACAAUAUGUGUCCGUUGCAGAAGUGCAAACAUGAUUUUAAAAUAAAUAAAUAAUAAUAUUAAUAUUUAAAUAUAGAUUUCUUAGAGUGAGUUACCAAAGAAUGAUAGGUGAUUUUUGUCCAAUCAGAAAAAGCAGUUAUGAGAUUCAAAUAUCUACCAAAUACUACUUUGAUUGUAAUUAUAACUUUAUUUAAAAUGUUCUGGCACACUUUACCAGCAUGUUGUGAGUUGGCUUAGUGCAACUUCGAAAUGAAAUUAUCAUUAAGUUUUUUGUUUUUAUUGCAUAAAUCCUGAUAUAUUUAUAGUUUUUAGUAUGGCCUGAAAAUUGAAAAGGUUUCUAAAUCUUUAGCUGCAAAUAAAGUACAAACCAGCCGUCACACAGGAUUAACCACCUCACAUGGCAUGAAAUCAAAAUGGCUAUUUAAAUGUUAAAAUAUAUUUGAAUUAAAUCAAUCAAUCAAUACCCAGACAGGCUUCUUUGUAAUGUGAUGUCAUGAAUGAAAUCAAAUAGAAACAACAAUAAUAGAUAUAUUUCCGAGCUCAGAGGAAACACAUUUUUUGGGGGUAUAAACUUUUUUUUUGUGUCACUGUUUCAUCCCGUUGAAUUUGGAGCAGUCAAGAAUAUUUAAACUAUUAUUAAUCCAGUAUUCCCGGUCAGAUAUGUAACAAAAAAAAAAAGAAAAAAAAAUCAAAUGGAGUCCUGACUGUUAACUAUAGCGGCUGUUGUUGAAGUUUCUUUGUAGAAAAUUAUUGAAUUUACUGAAUCUACCUCAAAAUUAAAUGUCACUGUCCGUUCUGACUGAGACUCAGCUUUCACUCCGACAUGUUAGACACAAACUUCAGAGGAUUAAAGGUUGAUUUCUGUGCGAAAUGUUGAUGGAAAUGUACAUUGGAUGUGAAGUUAUAUAUAGUUCCGUAAAUAAAUGAAUUAUUUUA